AUGGAUUACCUAUGCCAGUUGCUCUACUUAGAAUGGAUAACAAUCUUCCUCCUUGGCGGUCCGGGCUAAAAGAGAUCUUCGAUGCAAUUAUCUGUGAUCCACCUUACGGGGUUCGAGCUGGUGGACGUAAAUCUGGUGGCCGGAAAAUCCUAAGAGGAACAGUGGAUCCUUACACUGUCCCUGAUGAUAAAAGGACAGAUCACAUUCCAUCCACUGGUGCAUAUAGUCUAGUUGAGUGUGUUCAUGAUCUGCUUCACCUUGCUGCGAGAAUGCUGGUAAUGAAAGGCAGGCUCGUCUUUUUCUUCCCGGUUUUGAGAGAUGAGACUGGCGGCGAGGUUAAGUUCCCUGAGCACCCGUGUUUCAAGUUAGUUGCGGUCUCUGAACAGAUCCUGAGCUCGCGGUACAGUCGGUUUCUACUAACUAUGGUGAAAGUAGAGCCUUACAGUGAAGAGAUCAAAGAAGCUGCUCGUUUAAUGCAUUUAGAGUUUAGAGAGAAUCAUCUUAAGUGGUUAGAGGAUGGUAAUAUUCAUUCCUCUGUGUUUAAACCCAUUGAUUCUUCUCAGAUUCACACUGAUCCCAAAGCCUUUAAAGAUCCAAAACCUAAGUAUAGAGGGAAGUAUGUGUAAGCACUAAGUUGUCUUAUUUCUGUUGUACUCUGUUGGGUUUUAUCCUGAACGUUGUCUUUCUUGUUGUUCCAAUACAAAUAGAGUUAUUGGCAAA